UCUCUUCCUCUCUUGCUCCUGCUACCGCGUUUCACUGCCAUACACUCUGUAGCAGGCGAAACCCCCAUCUCUCUCUAUUUGCUUUGUCUAUCUAGAAAACCAUGCCUUCUCUUUCCCUUGCUGAUCCUGUUUCAGUAUCCAAAGACAAGAAGGAGAAGAAGUUGAAGGUUAAGACCUUAGAAACUGAAGCCUCAAUGAUUAAGAAGGAGUCGAAAUCGAAGAGGGUCAAGAGCGACCCAGAGAUCUCGGGCUCUGAUUCUGAGGAUUUGAAGAAGAAAAAGACCAAGAAGAAGGAGAAGCGGAAAGCUUCGGAGAUUGAUGACGAUAAUGAGGACCAGAUGAGCGAGACGAGCUCUGAAUUGGGUGAGCCGGUGAAUUCGAGUUUGAAGGCGAAGAAGAAGAAAUUAAAGGUGCCGGAGAUGGAAGAGGAAGAAGGGAAGGCAGAGGAAAACCCUAACGCGUUGUCCAAUUUUCGGAUUUCGGAGCCACUUAGGGAGAAGCUGAAGUCGAAGGGGAUCGAGGCGUUGUUUCCCAUUCAGGCUAUGACGUUCGAUACCGUUCUUGAUGGGUCUGAUUUGGUUGGCCGGGCGCGUACUGGUCAGGGAAAAACACUGGCCUUUGUGUUGCCUAUCUUGGAGUCUUUAAUAAAUGGGCCCAACAGAGGAUCACGAAAGACUGGAUAUGGGAGACCACCAUGUGUUUUGGUGCUUUUACCUACCAGGGAAUUGGCAACUCAGGUGUAUGCAGAUUUUGAUGUUUAUGGUGGGGCAAUAGGAUUAACUUCAUGCUGUUUAUAUGGUGGUGCUCCUUACCAAGCUCAAGAGAUUAAGCUAAAAAGAGGAGUUGAUAUUGUUGUGGGAACACCUGGCCGUAUUAAGGAUCACAUAGAGAGGGGAAAUAUUGACUUCAGCUCUUUAAAGUUCCGUGUCCUUGAUGAGGCUGAUGAAAUGUUGAGGAUGGGUUUUGUUGAAGAUGUUGAACUUAUUCUAGGCAAGGUGGAGGAUGUAAGCAAAGUUCAGACACUACUUUUCAGUGCAACAUUACCUGGCUGGGUGAAAGAAAUUUCUUCUAGGUUUCUUAAACCAACCCUGAAAACAGCAGACCUUGUAGGUAAUGAAAAAAUGAAGGCCAGUACUAAUGUUAGGCAUAUUGUUCUUCCCUGUUCUAGUUCAGCCAGAUCCCAGGUCAUUCCUGAUGUUAUUCGCUGUUAUAGCAGUGGAGGUCGAACAAUUAUUUUUACUGAGACCAAGGAUUCUGCUUCUGAACUUGCUGGGUUAUUGCCUGGAGCACGAGCUUUGCAUGGGGACAUUCAGCAGUCUCAGCGUGAGGUCACGCUUUCUGGAUUUAGGUCUGGCAAAUUCAUGACAUUAGUGGCCACAAAUGUAGCGGCAAGAGGAUUGGACAUCAAUGAUGUGCAGUUAAUCAUCCAGUGUGAGCCUCCUCGAGAUGUCGAAGCUUACAUCCAUCGAUCUGGACGCACAGGAAGAGCAGGCAAUACUGGGGUUGCUGUAAUGCUUUUUGAUCCAAGAAGGUCAAAUGUUUCUAAGAUAGAAAGAGAGUCUGGAGUAAAAUUCGAACAUGUAUCUGCUCCUCAACCUGCUGAUAUUGCCAAAUCUGCUGGUGUAGAAGCUGCAGAAACAAUCACCCAAGUCUCUGAUAGUGUGAUUCCUGCAUUCAAAUCUGCUGCUGAGGAGCUCUUGAACACCUCUGGUCUAUCAGCAGUUGAGUUGCUUGCAAAAGCACUUGCAAAGGCUUCUGGUUAUACUGAGAUAAAGAGUAGAUCACUUCUCGCCUCCCUGGAUAACCAUGUGACUGUACUUCUUGAGGCUGGGAGACCAAUCUACACACCAUCUUUUGCAUAUGGGGUGUUGAGAAGAUUCUUGCCUGAGGAUAAGGUUGAUUCAAUUAAGGGCCUUGCUCUCACAGCUGAUGGAAAUGGUGCAGUGUUUGAUGUAGCAACUGAAGACCUGGACGCAUUUCUCGCUGGUCAGGAGAAUGCAGCUAAUGUGAGCUUAGAGGUGUUGAAGGCACUGCCACGCUUGCAAGAAAGAGACCAGUCAAGAGGGGGACGAUUUGGAGGUGGUGGCCGUGGUGGUGGCUUUGGGGGAAGAGGUGGUGGUAGUAAUAGGUUCUCAGGGGGAAGAGGUGGUCGGGGUGGUGGAGGUUUUUCAAAUAGAAGAAAUGAUAGAUUUUCUGGUGGCUCCAACCGUGGGAGGGGCCGCAGCAACAAAUGGUGAAGGCCUCAUAUCUGUGACAGAAGAACGGUUGAGGACUCGAUCGAACUGCAGAGGCUAAUUAGUUUUGUGAUUUAUUUAUUUGAUGAUCUAAUAUAAUUUCCAAAAUUUGAAGCCUGGAUAACAGAACGUAGGGUAUUUUUCUUUCACAUAUAUUCUUUUUGGUUGUCAUGUUAGUCAUUUUCUGGGGAAAGUUUUUCCUUCUUACCCCACUUGGAAUUCAAAAUUUUUGGAUGUAAUGUGAUCAAAGACUGAAGACAGUAUGUUACUUUGUUAUUUGUCGAGAUCAUCAGAAUAUUUAUGGACUUGAGACUACUUUUUGAUGUCAGCUUCUAUGUUUGGAAA